AUGACAUCCAGUGAGCUGAUCUUAGGUGUGGCAUUCUUCUUUCAAUGUGCCAUUGGUUUUGCAGGGAAUUCACUGCUGCUCAUGCUCUAUGUUUGUAUUUCCUUCAAAAAGCCUCAACAGAAGAAGCCGAUGGACUUGAUUCUUGCUCAUUUGACUCUGGCCAAUAUGGUAACACUGUUUACCAGAGGCAUCCCAGAAAUCAUGUUUUGUUUUGGAAUGAGACAUGUUUUAGAUGAUUUAGGAUGUAAGACACUCAUGUACAUUUACAGAGUUGCCCAGGGACUUUCUAUGUGCACAACAAGUCUUCUGAGUGUGUUCCAGGCCCUUAUCAUCAGUCUUAACAACUCUGUGUGGGCUAGCAUCAAAGUCAGAGCCCCCAAAUACAUUUUACAUUAUUUCCUCUUUUUCUGGGUCGCCAAUGCAUUGAUCUACAUCAGGGUCAUUGAAGUCACUGAAGCAACCAAAAAUGACACAAUUUCUAGCUAUCAUUAUGGUUCACAUAUUUUCACAGGAAUUUCAAUAAGAGAUAAUGAUCAAUUAAGUGCUGCAUUUAUGUUUGGUAUGACUGUUCAUGACCUUCUCUUUCAUUUCCUUAUAGGCUUGCUCAGUACCCACAUGGUGCUUCUCCUCUAUAGACACAGCAAGCAAGUGCAGCACAUUUACAGCAAUAGUCAUUCCCCUGGAUCCUUCCCUGAAGUCAAGGCUACACAGACCAUCCUCUUGCUUCUGAGCUGUUUUGUUUUAUUCUGUUGGCUCCACAACUGUAUUGUCUUAUAUAUAACUUUUACAGUUGAAAAAGAUGUUGAGUUGGAAGCUGUUGCAAGCUUUUUUGGUGGAUGUUUCCCUGCCCUCUCUCCCUUAUUGUUGAUUGGCAGAUGA